GUGUGCACAACCGUCAGCAGAUCAAAACUGCGGUUUCAACCGCCAACUGUAUCGCGAAGAAGGAACCGGUAGUCGUUCGUUUUCUCUUACGCUUUUAUCAUUUUCCUCGAAUUAUUUGCGCCGAGCUGGUCUCUAAACGAAACGGGUAGAGGAGAGCAACACGAUGACCAAGCUCGCGGCCGUCUUUGUGGUUGCCUCUUUGCUCAAUUUGGCCUCAGCGGGACACCACGGUGGACACGAUCACGUGGUGAUCCACGUGCCCUACAAGAUCAAGACCAUCCACCACACGCACACCAUUACCAAGCACAUCCACCACGGUGGGGGAGGUGGUGACAAAUACGAGGUGCUGGGGUACACGGUCGGUCACCCCAUAGAUUUGGGAGGUGGCCACGGUGGUUUCGGUGGCGAUUUCGGAGGCGGCGGUGGCCACGACUUGGGGGGUGGCGGCGACUUCGGCGGCGGCGGCGGCGGCGGCGGCCAUAUUGAAUACAGUGGCGGCGGUGGCGGUGGCGGCGGCCACAUCGAAUAUGGCGGCGGUGACAUUGGCGGAGGGUACGGGGGCGGUGGAGGAUUCGGCGGAGGCCACGGAGGCGGUGGAUUCGGAGGGGGCCUUGGCGGAGGGGGCCACGAGGACUGGGGUGGCCAUUAACGAGAGUGUGGCUCGUGCCAAUUUUUUGGGGAGGAGAACGGUAGUUUUCUUCGGAGAAGAAUUCGAUUGGUUUCGUUGUGGGAAAAGAAAAUCUCGAUUCUUUAAGUUUCUUUUUCUUUUUUUCUUUAGAUUCAAUCGGUAAGAAGCGGAUCAGAGGAAUUUCAUCUUUGCAUCUUCUCUAAAGAUAAGAUAAAAAAACGUGAUUGAUGAUCGAGAGAAACCUCUUCCAAAUGGCGAUGAUUAUCAAGCAUACAUAAUUGUGUGCGGUUAAUCCAACUUUCGCUGGAUAUACAAUUCUUUUAAAUUAAUUAAUUUUAAAUUAGAAGCUUCCAUUUACCAAGAAGCUUUUAUUAGUAGAAAGUUUAUCGAAGUUUGGAUGGAUAUUUUAAUAGCUUUCAUUUUUUUGACUGACGUUCUCCAGGGAAUGCCAAUCGACUUUUUAUCAUUCUUACCUCUCGUCCUAGUCUUUCUAUUAUCGUCACAUCGUUCGUAACUUGUUGUAAUGUAAAUAUUGUUACUUUCUUAAUAUCCCUUAUUAUAAUAUUAUACCGCGGUUCGAAUGAAUCUAAUGUAUAAUUAUUAAUUGUCGUGAGAAAGAUUGAUUAAAUUGCGUGUGUACCUGAAAUAUCA